AUGCACAGACGCUCGUCUGGCUCCCCGGUCGCGGACGACACUGACGAUUCCCCGACACGCUCCCCAGACGAUCAUGGGAAUGGUCACGGCCCCGGCAAUGCCGUCGAGCCCCCCAACGACAAAUCGCGGUCGCAGAUAGCCCGCCACGGCACCAGCUUUGACCUCCGCCGCGAUAACGGUAGCUCCACGCCGCGUUCGCGGAAUUCGAGCCUGUGGCGCACCCCGUCUGCCCAUCCUUCCAACGACACUAAACCCAUGCCUCUGGGCUCUCCGCGGCUUCCCAUGGAGGCCCCCUCCCCCGAUGGCCGCCGCGCGCGCCAAUCGAGCCUGCGCAGUCCUUGGUCCUGCUCGAUUCUGACUGCGUUGACCACCUUCUUCGCCGUCGCGUUCGUGAUCUCCAUCGUGCAUUCUUUUGCCAGUCGCCAGGUUGGUGGAGAUGGUUGUGGGGUGCCCAUGAUGAGCCCGACCUUCAUGCGGAUGCUGGAGUUUGAUACGGAGCACACGCGGUUUGCGAGCAAAUACAACCUCUUUUUGUACCGGGAGGAAGGCGUCGAUCCAUACACGCGGGAUAAUAUCGGGUUGAACGGCGUUCCGGUUCUUUUUCUCCCAGGCAAUGCUGGCAGUUACCGGCAGGUCCGGUCGCUGGCGGCAGAGGCCUCGCGGCAUUACUACGAUGUGGUUCGACACGACGAGGAGCGGCACGCUGCCGGCACGCGCAGUUUGGAUUUUUUCAUGGUGGAUUUCAACGAGGAUAUGGCGGCCUUCCACGGACAGACAUUGCUCGAUCAGGCGGAGUACGUGAACGAGGCGAUCUCCUACAUCCUAUCGCUCUAUCACGAUUCUCGACGAACCCGUCGUGACCCUGGCCUACCCGAUCCCAGCGCGGUGGUUCUGAUCGGUCACUCCAUGGGUGGUAUUGUGGCCCGCACCGCCCUGACCAUGGCGAACUACCAGGCGAACUCAGUCAAUACGAUCAUUACCAUGUCGGCGCCGCACGCGAAGCCGCCUGUUUCCUUCGAUUCGGACAUCGUCCAUACCUACAAGCAGAUCAACGACUACUGGCGCGAGGCGUACUCGCAGACCUGGGCGAACAACAACCCGCUGUGGCAUGUCACGCUGAUUUCCAUUGCGGGAGGUGCGCGCGAUACCGUGGUGCCAUCUGAUUAUACCAGCAUAUCGUCCCUCGUCCCCGAAACCCACGGGUUCACUGUGUUCACCUCGUCCAUUCCAAAUGUGUGGAUCGGCAUGGAUCACCUGUCUAUCACAUGGUGCGACCAGUUCCGGAAGGCAAUCAUAAAGUCGCUCUUCGAUAUCAUUGACGCCCGGCGCCCGUCUCAGACAAAGCCGAGAGCAGAUCGUAUGCGGGCUUUAAAGCGGUGGUAUCUGACGGGGCUGGAGUCGGUUGCCGAGCGGACGCUUUCGCAGAAGGAGCCCAAUACUCUCUUGACGCUCGAAGAUAAUGCAAACACCAUUCUCGCUCAGGGCCAGCGGCUAGUUCUUCGCGAGUUGGGUCACCAACAUGGUCCCGAUGUGCGCCUUCUGCCUAUUCCGCCGCAGGGUGUCUCGGGGAAGAAGUUCACUUUGCUUACCGAUCAGGCUCUCGAUAAGCAGGGCAACGUGGAGGUGCUGUUCUGCAGCGUGUUCCCGCUGAAUAAUGGCCGUUCCGCCAUCUUUUCGAUGAACCUGGAUUUCUCCGGUGGUACUGUGGGCUCGACCCGGUUGGCUUGCAAGAGUGCAGCAGAGGAUGUCAUCCACCUACCCUCUUCGACGCGGACGUCACAGAAUGCCUACGACCGUGUUCCGCCGUUCUCAUACCUCCAGUAUGAUCUGGAGAAUCUUGCGGAGCAUCAAUUUGUGGCGGUUGUGGACAAGGCCAACGUACCGACUCCGGGUUUCUUGGUGGCCGAGUUCUCCGACAGCUCCGAUGCCGUGAUUCGUGCCAAGGUUGGCCUGGGCACUCUGCUGAGUGCGGGCCUCAAGAUGCGGUUACCUGCCCAUCGGCCCAUGCUUACUGAAGUGAAGAUUCCGGCGUUGCACUCCAGUCUCCUAGACUAUAAGCUCAAAAUUACGCGGCAUCCGCAGCAGGAGGAGCUUUUUGCUCCGCUCCUGCGCCAAUCCAUUCCGGAUCCGCACGAGUCCAAGUUCUUCGUGAAUGUCAACGACAUCCAUGUGAGCCUGCAUGGUGUCGCGCCGUACAUGCCGUCCCCGAUUCGCGACUCGGCUGCUUCCAGUGGUGUAUCAUUCCACCUCUGGACGGAUCCAAGUCCUGGUGAGACAGUGGAUAUUUCGCUGCAGGUUGAUAUCGCCAGCAGCCUCGGUGAACUGGUGAUGAGGUACCGUACUGUUUUCGCCGCGUUCCCGCUACUUGUUGUGGCUCUUGUUCUGCGCAAGCAGUUCCAGGUCUACGACGAGACAGGAUACUUCAUCCCCUUCACCGAUGGUCUCGACCGCGCCCUGCGGUCCUCUCUUCCGCUCUUGCUGGUGGCCAUGUCGCUUCUGGCGUCUUCCCUGGCCACCGCCAAGGCUUUGCCCCAGUCCGAUGACCCCUUCCACUGGAGGACCAACUCGACCGAAACACCACUGGACUUCACGAAGAACGAUCUUCUCCUCGGCUCCCAAGAUGCUUUCUUCUGGUUCCUCGUCCCGAUCUUUGGUCUGAUCAGCGUCGGCGCUUGCGUUCUGGUUAACUAUGUAGCUCUCUUCCUCGUCAAAAUCUUCUCCCUGGUCUACGGCGCCGUGAACAGCAAGUCGGGCUACAUCCGCCGCGACGACAGAGGCAAUAUGCCCAUAUUCAGCGCUCCCACCCCGCGCCGCCGCGUCAUCCACACCGCGAUCCUGCUCCUUCUCGUCUCAACGAUCAUCCCCUACCAGUUUGCGUACAUGGUAGCCUGCAUCGUGCAACUCGCGACCACCGUGCGCUCUCAAUGGCACGCGAAGGAAACAAGAUCUACCUCCCACCUAAACUUCAGCAACUACGCCCACUCCAUCCUAAUCCUGAUGCUCUGGAUUCUGCCAAUAAACGUGCUCGUCCUGCUCGUCUGGGCACACAACCUCGUUGUACAUUGGUUCAUGCCCUUCUCCUCGCACCACAACGUCCUCUCCAUCAUGCCCUUCCUCCUACUUGUCGAGACCAUGACCUCCGGCGCUAUGAUACCCCGCAUCACCACCCGCUUCCGCCACGUCACCGCCACGCUCUUCUUCGCCAUCGCGAUGUACUCCGCCGUCUACGGUGUCACCUACGCCUACCUGCUGCACCACCUGGCCAAUCUACUAGCAGCGUGGUUCGUCGGCAUUUACCUGGUCGGCAAUGGGUUCUCGCCACGCAGGCUGUGGCGCAUUAUUGAUGGCGAGGAGUCGCCGAGUGAGUCGGGUGGGAGGCAUGUUAAGAAGAAGCCAUAA